AUGCAGGGUGUCCCAUUUGCCGAUCCUCCCGGUCGCUUUGAGCCACCCCAACCUAAAAGAAGAUGGUUCGGACAGUGGAAUGCUACUACAUACAGAACUGCCUGUCUUCAGACACCCGUCGCUUCCUUCUACUUUCCUGAUUUCAUGGAUGAAGACUGUCUGUAUCUCAACAUCUUUGUCCCAAACCCGAAGCCCCAUAAAGCAGCUGUUAUGUUAUGGAUCCAUGGAGGAGGGUUUGAAUCAGGAACAGCAUCUACUUACGACUUCUAUGGAGUGCCGCUUGUAGCAGUGGGUGAUGUCAUCAUUGUCACCAUUAAUUAUCGACUCGGUGUAUUCGGUUUCCUGUCAACUGAUGACGACAAAGCGACCGGGAAUUACGGGAUGCUUGACCAGGUUGCUGCUUUGUCGUGGGUCAAAAGUAAUAUUGAAGAGAGAGAGAGAGAAAGAAAGAGAGAGGGGGAGAGAGAUAUUUUAGAUUCUUGUUUUUAUAUUUCUUCUUUUUUGGUAGCUUUCGGAGGUGACAGUGAGAGGAUAACACUUUUCGGAGAAAGUGCUGGGGCUUCCAGCGUAAAUUUCCACAUGCUCUCUCAACUUAGCACCGGUAUUUUCCACCAAGCAAUUCUUCAGGUAUCAAUUUCCAUAUUAUUUCUGAGAUUUAGGGAUAGUAACAAAUUAUACAAUUCUUAUCUUUUAAUAAUUUGUUUAGGUGCUUCGGCGUUUUCCAACUUCGCUUAUCAACCAGAUAGAAGUGCAGAAAAGCGGUACGCAGAGGAAACCGGCGAAGAAUUGGGAUGUGAUUCAUCCUCUUCAAACGAACUAAUCGAGUGCCUGAAAGGAAUUAAUGCCAGACGACUACGAGCUGUGGCGGACAGGGUCUAUCCUGCGUACUCUGUCUCAGUAGAUAGGUACUUUCUCACCGACACACCGGCCAACCUGUAUAGAAGAGGCGAUGUCCAGCACCCUACGCUCCUAAUCGGGUUCAAUAAGGAUGAGGGCUCUAUCCGUGUCUUCGGUGAGAACCUAGCCUACGCAGGUUCAACGAAAGGACCACCAAUCAACAAGAGCAAUCCUGAGGAAUCCGUGAAGGCAUCAUCUGCCAAGUACGGCCUCGGCGAUUCCAUUCUGCAGGAAGCAAUGCUACAGGAAUAUACGGAUUGGGCUAAGGCGGAUGAUCCAGACGCGGAAUUUCUCGAUGAGCUCAUACAUUUCCAUGGUGACUUCGACUUUAUUUGUCCAACCAUAACAACGUCGAGAUUGCAUGCUGAAGCAGGAGACACAGUUUUUCAAUACUUCAUGACCCAUGAACCUAGCAUGAGUUACCUGCAGUACCGAAACCUUCUUCCGUCAACCCCAUGGCUCAAGGCAGGACAUACAGAAGACCUGACCUUUGUAGGGGUGUGCCCUUCAUCAAAGAAUUGGAUGAUGUCCAUGGGUAUAACAUGACUGCCGAGGAAAAGGCACUAAGCGUUACUAUCAUGGUGAUGUGGACUGACUUUGCUAAAACUGGGGUUCCUACUGCUAAAUGGCCACAUUUUACUAUUCCUGAACUUCAAUACCAAGAACUGUCACCAGCGAUGGGGAUGGGUAGAGCUGCAAGAGCACGACAAUGCCACUUCUGGAGCCCGUAUUUGCUGAAAUUAAAAAC